AUGGAGAAAUCAUCGGAUAUCGAUACCACGGAUGAGAAGUUUGUGACUCCAGAUGGGAGCAAUCACUCUGAUGUGAGCUCUCUCAGAUAUGAAGAGCUUCGUGAGGAAAUUCGAAUCGCGAACCCGCAGGGUGUGACAUUUGUACAGAACGGCGUCGAUGUGGAGCAAGCCGAGCAAGACUUUUCAGACUUGAAUAGACAAUUUUCGCAUAUUUCCCACCAAGCCCGUCAAGUAUCCAAACAAGCGUCCCGAGUCUCUAAGACAGCCACAUUUGAAGAUGUAGAGAAAACCGGAAGCUCUGAUCAUUCUGACGAGACCUGGGACUUGGAAACUACCCUUCGUGGUAACCGUGCCGCAGAAGAAGAGGCAGGCAUCAAAGACAAGCAUGUUGGUGUGAUCUGGGACAACCUUUCCGUUCGAGGACGGGGUGGUGUCAAGACCUUCAUUAAAACAUUUCCAGAUGCUAUCAUUGACUUUCUCAACGUUCCCCAGACAAUCAUGAACAUCUUCGGCUGGGGAGGAAAGGGCAAAGAAUUCAACAUCUUGGAAGGGUUUCGUGGAUUGACUCGACCAGGAGAAAUGGUCUUGGUCCUGGGACGACCUGGCUCAGGAUGUACAACAUUUCUCAAGGUCAUUGCCAAUCAGCGUGCUGGAUACACAGGCGUCGAUGGCGAGGUCUUGUAUGGUCCAUUUGAUUCCGAUGAAUUUGCGAAGAGAUUCCGAGGCGAGGCCGUUUACAACCAAGAAGACGACGUUCAUCACCCAACACUAACAGUUUCCCAAACUCUUGGAUUUGCUCUGGAUACCAAAACACCAGGCAAGCGUCCAUUUGGUGUGGGAAAGGCGGAGUUCAAGGAGAAAGUGACCAGAAUGCUGUUGAAGAUGUUCAACAUUGAGCAUACAGCCAACACAGUCAUUGGUAAUCAGUUCAUUCGAGGAGUAAGCGGUGGUGAGCGCAGGCGAGUGAGUAUCGCGGAGAUGAUGAUCACCAGUGGUACAGUCUUGGCUUGGGAUAACAGUACCCGUGGCCUUGAUGCGUCCACCGCUCUGGACUUUGCGAAGUCACUCCGAAUUUUGACCAACAUCUACAAGACCACUACUUUUGUCUCGCUUUACCAAGCAUCUGAGUCGAUCUACAAUCAAUUCGACAAGGUUCUUGUCAUCGAUAAUGGUCGUUUAGUAUUCUUCGGCCCAACCGGUGAAGCACGCGCCUACUUCGAGGAUCUUGGUUUCCGGCAAAAGCCACGACAGACCACUCCUGACUACUUGACCGGGUGCACGGAUCCCUUUGAGAGAGAAUUCAAAGAUGGAAGAAGCGAGGAAAAUGUUCCAUCCACCCCAGAGGGACUUGUUCAAGCAUUCGAGAAAUCCGUCUACAGCAAGAGACUUGACGAGGAGAUGCAGGCCUAUCGUGCGCAGGUUCAACAUGACAAGCGAAUCUACGAUGAUUUCGAACUCGCAAAUCAAGAGGCAAAGCGAAAGCUGACACCCAAGUCAUCUGUGUACUCAAUUCCAUUCCAUCUUCAAAUCUGGGCUCUGAUUCAGCGGCAAUUCUUGAUCAAAUACCAAGAUAGAUUCGCUUUGACAGUAUCAUGGAUUACGUCAACCGGUAUUGCGAUUAUCCUUGGUACAGUUUGGCUUAAGCUGCCAAAGACUAGUUCAGGCGCUUUCACUCGAGGUGGUCUUCUUUUCAUCAGUCUGCUGUUCAAUGGAUUCCAAGCAUUUGCAGAACUCGCAUCAACCAUGAUGGGCCGCUCAAUCGUCAAUAAACACCGCUCCUUCACAUUCUAUCGUCCUAGUGCACUCUUCUUGGCGCAGAUAUUCGUGGAUACAACCUUCGCAAUUUUCCGAAUUCUGAUCUUCAGCAUUAUUGUAUAUUUCAUGUGCGGACUAGCUUUGGAUGCCGGUGCCUUUUUCACGUUCGUCCUGUUCCUCUUGAUGGGAUAUCUGUGCAUGACCGUUUUCUUCAGAACCAUUGGCUGCGUUAGUCCUGACUUUGAUUAUGCGAUGAAGUUUGCUGCCGUUAUGAUCACUCUUUUCGUAUUAACAUCGGGCUAUCUUAUUCAAUGGUCCAGUGGUCAGGUCUGGCUUAGAUGGAUUUACUACAUUAACCCAUUCGGUCUUGGAUUCUCAUCAUUGAUGAUUAAUGAGUUCAGUCGCUUGACCAUGAAAUGCACAUCAACCUCCUUGGUGCCCAAUGGUGCUGGUUAUGAUGAUAUCGCCCACCAGGCUUGCACACUCGCGGGUGGUGAAUCUGGUUCCGACAUUAUUCCUGGGUUGGGCUACCUCGGUGACACUUUCAGUUACUACAAAUCUGAUCUCUGGCGGAAUCUGGGUAUUAUCAUAGCUCUCAUCAUCGGCUUCCUCUGUAGCAACCUGUACUUUGGAGAAAUUCUACAGUUCAAUGCUGGUGGUAGAACCGUUACUUAUUUCCAGAAAGAGAACAAGGAACGCCGGGAAUUAAAUGAAGCCUUAGCCCAACGGAAGGCCAAUCGACAAAGUACUAAAACUGUGGAUGCCGAGUCGAACUUGAAAAUCGAAUCCAAGUCCGUGUUCACAUGGGAGGAUGUCUGCUAUGAAGUACCUGUUCCAUCUGGAACCCGACGUCUAUUGAACUCAGUUUACGGAUAUGUCCAGCCUGGCAAACUGACAGCUUUGAUGGGCGCAUCGGGAGCUGGAAAAACAACUCUUCUGGACGUCUUGGCAGCUAGAAAGAACAUUGGUGUCGUGACUGGAGACAUCCUGGUAGACGGAAAGCCUCCAGGCACUGGGUUCCAGCGAGGUACCUCCUACGCCGAACAGUUGGAUACACAUGAAGCAAUGCAAACAGUGAGAGAGGCACUUCGAUUCUCCGCUGACCUUCGUCAGCCUUUUGAGACGCCUCGAUCCGAGAAAUAUGCGUAUGUCGAGGAGAUCAUCGGCUUGCUUGAGCUAGAGAACUUGGCCGAUGCGAUUAUCGGGACCCCAGAAACUGGACUCUCUGUCGAAGAAAGAAAGCGAGUCACAAUCGGCGUGGAACUUGCAGCAAAGCCCGAACUCUUGCUCUUCCUGGAUGAACCCACCUCCGGUCUGGACAGUCAAUCCGCCUUCAAUAUUAUUCGAUUCUUGAAGAAGCUCGCCACAGCUGGCCAAGCAAUUCUUUGCACGAUCCACCAGCCCAACUCCGCAUUAUUUGAACACUUUGACCGACUCCUACUUCUGCAGCGAGGUGGCGAGUGUGUCUACUUUGGUGAAAUUGGCGACGAUUCUGAAGUUCUUCGGGAAUACUUCCACAAGAAUGGCGCACACUGUCCAGAUGAUUCAAAUCCAGCUGAGUGGAUGUUGGAUGCCAUCGGCGCGGGCCAAACACGACGGAUCGGUGAUCGCGACUGGGCUGACAUUUGGCGCACCUCUCCUGAACUGGUACAGGUCAAGGAAGAUAUCAUUCAAAUCAAAGCUGAUCGAGCUCGUGAAAAUGACGAAACUGCCACGCAGGUCGGUAAGAAGGUCGAGAAGGAGUAUGCUUCACCUCUAUGGCAUCAACUAAAGGUGGUUAGCCGUCGAACCCACUUGGCAUUCUGGCGAUCUAGGAACUAUGGCUUCACCCGGCUGUUCACUCACGUUGUUCUUUCUCUGAUUGUUGGACUUGCUUUCUUGCAGCUGAAUGACUCUCGCUCUUCCUUGCAGUACCGAGUAUUUGUCAUUUUCAACGUGACCGUGCUUCCAGCACUGAUUCUCCAGCAAGUUGAGCCACGCUUUGACAUGUCGCGUCUGAUUUUCUAUCGAGAAUCCGCUUCCAAGACCUACAGCCAGUUCGUCUUCGCAUUGUCCAUGGUCCUUGCCGAAGUUCCGUAUAGUCUUCUCUGCGCUGUGGCUUUCUUCCUGCCACUCUACUACAUCCCUGGAUUUCAAAGUGCAUCCGAUCGUGCUGGAUACCAGUUCUUCAUAGUUCUGGUGACUGAGUUCUUUGCUGUGACUUUGGGCCAGGUGAUUUCCGCACUGACGCCCAACAGCUUCAUUGCCUCCCAACUGAACCCGCCCAUCACCAUUAUCUUCUCUCUCUUCUGUGGUGUGACAAUUCCAAAGCCGCAGAUGCCCAAAUUCUGGCGUUCCUGGCUAUACCAACUUGAUCCAUUUACUCGUCUCAUCAGUGGAAUGGUUGUUACUGAACUCCAUGGUCGUGAGGUACAAUGCACAAGCUCAGAAUACAAUUCUUUCACCUCACCGAGCAAUCAGACAUGUGGAGAAUACAUGGCUGCCUUUUUUGAACGCGGUGGAAAUGGAUACAUCUUGAACAAUUCGACGCAGGAUUGCCAAUAUUGUGAAUACAAGAUUGGCGAUCAGUUUUACGACGCCUAUGACAUGAACUUUGAUAACAGAUGGCGAGACCUGGGGAUCCUCAUUGCAUUUGUGGGCUCUAACUUGAUCAUUCUCUUCUUGGCGUCCCGAUUCCUGAACUACAACAAGAGAUAG